UGGACUAGCAAAUACUGGACUACACGGCUCACCAGGUUUAGACUUCUGUGCGUAAAAGCGCACCUGCACGCUCCGGAGCUCAGAUUGAAUAUGAACUCCUUGAAUUUCUGCGGGACGUCCAGCAGCGGUGGUGGUGUGUAUCCCUUCCACGGUGUUAACUCCAUGCUGUUCGACCUGCACCACCAGAUGGCGGAGCAGUACCACGUGUACUCUGCAGCCAGCCCCGCAGUGCACACCCUCUCUGUGGCUGAGAGACUGGCAGAGCUUAUUCUGGAGGCUCGGUAUGGCAACCAGCAGAAGCAGCGUCGCAGCAGAACGGCGUUCACAGUGUCACAGCUGCAGGCUCUGGAGAAAGCCUUCGAGCAGACUCAGUACCCAGAUGUCGGCAUGAGAGAGAGAUUGGCCGUCUGCAUCAACCUCCCUGAGGCUCGCAUUCAGGUGUGGUUCAAGAACAGGAGGGCAAAGUUUCGCAAAGGUCAGAGGUGCGCCCCGCUCUCCAGAGACCACAUUCUGGAGGAGGCCCCCCAUUGCCAGCACGGUGGGACAGGAGGACGUUGGGACCGAAGACAAACAGGACAUCACCACAUCACACACUGACAGCAACAUCCCUGCUCUUCAUCGCUGUCCUCCUCCUCCUCCUCAUGUGGAUAAAACCAUGGAUGUUUGCCCACCUCUCGCUCCUUCAGACUCUGAUGUUUUACGAUGCCCCCUCCGCCUUCACUCUCCUCCACUUUUCCCCUUCAUGACCGGGGAGCGCUACA